AUGGCGGAGCUCCCGGCGCGCCUCGAGGCGCUGGAGCGGCGGAUGGAGCGGGCGGAGGCGGCGCUGCGGGAGCUGCCCCUCGCCGCCCUGCAGCUCCACGGGGUGAGAGCCGCGAUGGGCGAGCCGGGGGAGCGAGCAGGGCUCGCUGGUGGGGCUGAGGGUGAGACCGAGGAGGGCUGGGAGUGGGAUGGGGGAGUCGCUUAUGGGGUCAUUGUGGGGCCGGAGCCGGUGCUGCAGGUCCCGGUGCGGUUCGAGGAUGUGGCAGUGCGGUUCAGCCGGCAGGAGUGGGCAAGCCUGGACGAGGGACAGAAGGAAAUGUACCGGAGCGUCAUGGAAGGCAACUACGAGAUGCUGGUGUCCCUGUACUCUGCCCUGUCCAAGCCCGAACUGUUACUGCAGCUGGAAAGUGAAGAGCUGAGCACGCCGCCAGAAUCAGAGACAGAGGCAGAAGAGAUGUCCCCAGAGCUGGCUGUAGAGCCAGCCCGACAGAACUGCACCAGCGAUGAUGCACUGCUGGAGACAGAGACAAUGGACAGGGGCUGCAGGGAGCCAGAGGAAAGCGGGAAUGUGGCAGAGAAAAGUGAGAACCUGGUGGAGGAAAGCUGGGGCCUAGUGGAGAUAAGAGGGAACGUGAUAAAGGAAAUCUGGGAUGUGGCAGAGGAAAACAGGAGCUCAGCAGAGGAAAACAAGAGCCAGGCAGAGGAAAACAAGAGCCAGGCAGAGGAAAACAGAAGCCAAGCAGAGGAUAACAGGAGCCAAGCAGAGGAAAACAGGAGCUCAGCAGAGGAAAACAGGAGCUCAGCAGAGGAAAACAGGAGCUCAGCAGAGGAAAACAGGAGCCAAGCAGAGGAAAACAGGAGCUCAGCAGAGGAAAACAAGAGCCAGGCAGAGGAAAACAGGAGCUCAGCAGAGGAAAUCAAGAGCCAAGCAGAGGAAAUCAAGAGCCAAGCAGAGGAAAUCAAGAGCCAAGCAGAGGAAAUCAAGAGCCAAGCAGAGGAUAACAGGAGCUCAGCAGAGGGUAACAGGAGCCCAGCAAAAGAAAGUGGGAACCCAGCAGAGGAGACUGAGAACCUGAUGGAGGAAAGCAGUAGCCCAGUGGUCCCAGAGAACUGCAGCACACCACCUGUCCCUCUGGAAGCCCCUGCUGUCCCGGCGGAUCUCAGCCAGCCAAGAUCCCCUCCCUGCCUGCUGCCCGUGCACUGCCAGGACGCCGUGGCUCAGAACAGUCCUCCCCCUGCAGCAGGAGAUGCUGAAGCGGGGAUCCCGAUGGAGGUGCCACAGGAGGAGGUUGCUGCAGAGAAUCUGUCAAUGCCCAAAACACCCUCCAAGGGUCAAGAAGAGGACAAGGGUCAUGAAGAGGAGGCCAUGAAAGAUCCAUGGAAUACUGGCCAAGAUCUGGUGGCCGACAUUCCUGAAGAACCAGGAAAGGAGGUGGCACCAGAUGUCCACAAGAUGACAGAACAGGCAGAUCCCAGCCCAGGGGAGCCAGAGAAGGACUCCUGCGUGGGCCGGCCCGUGCCCUGGCAGCGAAAUUCCGCCCGGGAAUUUUACUCCUGCCCCAUCUGCAGGAAAACCUUCCUGCUGAAGAUCAACCUCCUGAUCCACCAGCGUGGCCACACCAACUGGGUGCCCUAUGUCUGCGUCCACUGCGACCGCAAGUUCAUGUCCAAGAAGAAAAUCAGGCGGCACCUGCGCGCCUGGGCGGCCAACGGGACGUGCCAGCCCUCGGAGCUGGAGGUGUGUCCCAGCCAGGUGCCAUUCCCAGCGUCCCAUCCCCAAACCUGGCCAGCUAAUGGCAUGUACCAGGCCUCAAAGCCGGAGGAGUGUCCCAGCAGGACGCCGUGCCCAACAUCCCAGCCCCAAACCUGGGCACCCAAUGGCUCCUGCCAGCCUUUGGAUGCAAAUGGAUGUCCCAGCCAAGGGAUGCCAUGCCCAACAUCCCAGCCUCAAGCCUGGGCACCCAAUGGCCCCUGCCAGCCCUUGGAUGCAAAGGCAUGUCCCAGCCAGGGGCCAUGCCCAUCAUCCCAGUGCCCAACAUCCCAGCCCCAAACCUGGGCAGCCAAUGGCACCUGCCAGGCCUCAAAGCCGGAGGAGUGUCCCAGCCAGAGCCUGUGCCCGUCCUCGCAGCCACAAACCCCGAGCAGGGACUGUGGCACGGUGUGGCAGGAGCCCGGCCCUGCCCGGUGCUCGCUGCCACCUGGAAAAGUGAUGUACACGUGCACCGAGUGCCGGGAGAGCUUCUCCAACCAGGUGUUCCUGACGGUGCACCAGCGCCGGCACUCGGGCCACCACCUCAUCCUGUGUCCCUGCUGCAACCGCAGCUUCACCUGGGUCUCGGACUUCGUCCGGCAGCACUGGAUGCUCAUGGGCGUCCGGCCCCACCAGUGUGGCAUCUGCCAGAAGACCUUCAAGAGGUUCUCCCACCUCAAGGCCCACCAGAGGAUCCACAGGCGGCAGGAGCGGCCGUUCGCCUGCGCCAACCCGGGGCCCGUUGUGGCGGCUCCCGCGGCAGGGGACGGGGUGGGAAGCCAGGCUGUGACCCCCCAGGGAUGGGGCCCUGCUGUGGGACCUUGAGGUGACCUCCCGGAAUGGGAGGCUGCUGUUGGAGCUCAGGGUGUACACACAGGGGUGGGGGAAACUGCUGCUGAAAUUCGAGGUGACCUCCCAGAGACGUGAGGUGACCUCCCACGAUGCUGCUGAUGACUUUGAGGUGACGUCCCGGACACAGGGUGCUGCUGAUGGACUUUAAAUUGAGAUCCCUAGGAUAGGAGGCUGCUGUCUUAUCUUGAGGUGAAGAAUGGGAUGGUGCUGCCGAUGGGCAUUAAGGUGUCCUCUCAGGAAUGGGAUACGUGAUGAACCUUGCUGCUGUUGAACCUUGAGGUGUCCUCCCGAGAACAGGAUGGUGCUACCUAGACUGAAAUGACUCCCAGGGAUGCAAUGCUGCUGCUGGAUUUUGAAGUGACCUGGGGACUGGAGGCCGCUGUCAGACCUUCUCCCCUCUAUCCCUGUCCAGAUGAAGGCUGGAACAUGGACAACAUUUUCUGGCUCCCCUGCCCUGGUGUGGGGACGGGGGGCACCGGCCCAGCCCAU